AUGAUCUAUGACUGCGAAUGCGUUAUAUGCUUGGUUAGCGUCGUACAUUCAUCACUAUUCUCAUCUGAGAAGAUAUUCAAGAAGAUGCUACAUCACAAAACAAUCUCUUCCGUUUGGAAAAUGCUUAUUGUAUUUUUUGCUUUUGUGUUUGUGACAACAUAUGUUACAGCAGAAAUACCUUCCUACAUUCAUCCAUGUGGCCGCAAAGAUCCUAAUUAUGAUCAAUGCAUUGUGGACAAUACUUACAGUGUGAUAGAUACGAUGUGCACAAAGAAUUAUGAUGUUAACGUAUUGAACAACCAAUCAGUACUUAUGGACAAAAUAGUUAUUUUUGAUACAAAUAAUCUUAAAUUAUAUCUCAAAGAUAUAAAAAUACUUGGAGUUUGUGAUAAUGCAAAUAUAAAAUAUAUUCACGUAGAUCCUGACAGACUCCACUAUAAUAUUGAACUUGUACUUCGAAAAAUGAGAAUGAAUGCUUCGUAUAACUUCGACAUACGUGUACUAGUGCCUCUUGCUAAUAAGGGACUGGUUACCAUAAAACCAACAAAUGACGCAAUAAUAAAAGUAAAUCUGGAUCUAAAAGUGGCAACUAAGAAUGAGAAAAAAGAGAUAUACGUUUCAAAAGUAAAGACAAAUAUUAAUAUCACAGGAAUAGAAUAUACAUUUGAUGAAAGUGAAAAAGACUUAGUUCAACUGCAUCAAGCUAUCAAAAGUGUUGUAGACAGCAAUACUACAGAUAUUAUUAAUAUUGUUAUGGCAGCACUAGAAGAGAAACUCUCUCAACUAAUUAUCUACAUAUUUAAUACUAUUAGCCGUUCCAAUUACGAGGAACUAUUUGAAAAGAAUGUAUAAAUUGUCUGGUACUUUGGGAUUUAUUAUUGUAAGAUUUCUUACGUAUUAAAAUUGUAUUAAAAAAAAAUAGCUGAAAUAUUU